AUGGUUGGGCUACGGGCGUGCCCAUCGCCGGUGGCAGUGGCCUAUAAUUCAGGCAGGCAGAAACAAGGGAGCGCGAUCGUGAUCACUUCGCUGCGGCUCAAGAAUUUCAAGAACUUUGCGGACGAGACGCUGAAGCUCGGGCCUUUCACGGUAAUAGUGGGCGCAAACGCCAGCGGGAAGAGCAACAUUCGGGACGCCUUUCGGUUCCUGCACGGGAUCGGGAGGGGGUACACGCUGGCGGAGGCUAUUGGUGGGAAGGUUGGUGGCGGCGGCUAUGUCGAAUGGGAGCCGAUCCGGGGUGUGCCCAACGAGAUAGUUCGAUUUGGGCAGCCCUACGCUGACGGCAUUGGAGAAUUCUAUUCUAAGAUGGAACUGGACUUGGAUGGGAAGAAGAUAGCCUACUCUAUAGGCGUUGGGAUUAACCCGGGCGCUCAGGACGGGUUUCGUUUGUUGUCAGAGAUGAUGCAAAUAGAUGAAAGUCCAGUUUUCGGAAGCAUAAUUUCGGAACAGGAAUGGAGUUUUAUACAUGAAGCCCGACCGUCCUUGACGAAGCCCAUUGCAUAUGACCCACUAGUUGAUUGCGAGCGGUUACGCCUUUGUUCACUAAUUGAGAGGAUGCGUUUUUUGGAUCUGUCGCCGGCGCAAAUGCGGGAACCUUCCAUCCCCGGCGCAGCCACGCUGGGCAACCGCGGCCAGAAUUUGCCCACGGUACUGGAAGCAAUCUGCGCCGACCCCGACCGCAAGCAUGUCCUGACCUCAUGGCUGCAGGAACUGACGCCGAUGGAUGUGGGCGACUUUGAAUUUCCUCGCGACCCCAGCGGACGAGUGCAUCUCUACAUCACAGAACGCAACGGGCGCAAGGUGUCGGCAUAUAGCGCUUCCGAUGGGACAUUGCGCUUUCUCGCCAUGCUCGCCAUGCUGCUUAACGAGGACGAUGGUGGCACCUAUUUCUUUGAAGACAUCGACAGUGGCAUCCACCCCAACCGCCUGUGGCUUCUGCUGGAACUUAUAGAAAAGCAGACGGCGAAGGGGAACAUUCAGGUGAUCACGACUACGCAUUCUCCGGCAUUGUUGGCGUGGAUGAACGACGAAACCUUUGAAAACACCUCCAUCAUGUACCGGGACGAACACGCAACCGACAGCGUGAUCCGCCCGAUCGCUGACCUCUACAAUCUGCGCGAGCUUAGAAAAUCCCAAGGCUUGGAACGGCUGCUCACUAACGGAUGGCUGGAAAACGCGAUGAAGUCCUCCGAAGGAAUACCCGAUACCGACUAUUUGGUUGAUGGCGAUGAGGAGGACGCCAUCGGAUGA